GGUUCGUGACCAUCUUUUACGUGUCCGGCUCUGAAGGAGGCAAGGUCUGUACUCGAGAAUAUGUCCUAAAAUUCUGCCGAUUUUUCCUAAAAAAAGGAUGCAGGAUCCCGAAACUAUCGCUAAGGAACGAUUUUCUGUGAAAUCGUCCUGCCGUUGGUGCCGAUUUUCCCCGGGGAUGUCUCGUCCGGGUGAUGAUCCGGGCGGAUUUCGGAAGACGGUCGCCGAUGCGCGUGUGUGCCGUCGUGUUGUUGGUUCGACGUUGCCGAGAUUGUUUAACAGUUAAUUUUUUUUCUCGAUGGUAAAUUGUGUUUUGGAGUAAUUGUGAUCGCGGUGGGAUAGUUGUGGGAGGUUCGGCAGGGUUUCCGGAGUUUGUUGAUGAGGGUUAUUAACAUAAACAAAAUUCUAACCUAUACGCAGUCAGCUAAGCCUGUGUUGUUACUCCAGUUUUAUGUGAAUUAAAUCGUGUGUUUUCGGUAAAAAUGUUCACGUCGAAUGCCAAAAUUAUAAAAAGUGGCGGGGCUGAGCCCGACCAGUUUGAGGCCAGCAUCUCGCAGGCUCUCUUGGAACUGGAGACAAACAGUGAUUUGAAAUCCCAGCUCAGAGAACUGUACAUUACCAAGGCGCGCGAGAUCGAAACUAACAACAAGAAGUCGAUCAUCAUCUACGUGCCCAUGCCCAAACUGAAGGCAUUCCAAAAGAUUCAGACCAGGUUAGUGCGUGAAUUGGAAAAGAAGUUUUCCGGAAAGCACGUUAUGUUUGUCGGUGAGAGGAAGAUCCUUCCCAAGCCCACAAGGAAAACCAGGACCAAGAACAAGCAGAAGAGACCCAGGAGCCGUACGCUCACAGCUGUAUAUGAUGCCCUUCUCGAAGACCUUGUUUACCCCGUCGAAAUUGUGGGUAAGAGGAUCCGAGUAAAGCUGGAUGGCUCACAGCUCAUCAAGGUCCAUCUGGACAAGAACGAGCAGACCAACAUUGAACACAAAGUUGACACCUUCGCCAAUGUCUACAAGAAAUUGACUGGUCGCGAUGUCACGUUUGAGUUCCCGGAAUCAUAUGUAUAAGUUAACACUUCAAUAAAAACAUCUAUUGAAUUUUA